AUGACGAAAUUGAUUCAGAAACACAAACCUGUUGUUGUUGCGUUGUUGGAGACUCGUGUUCUUCAAGAAAAUGCUUCUGCUAUCGUCAGUCGUCUUGGGUACACUGAUUCUUUUAUAGUGGACCCUCAUGGAUUUUCAGCGGUUUAUGGUAGUACCAAUAAGGUUUGUAGAAAGAGGGUGUGGGAUGAAAUGAAUGUUAUUUCUGGAGUGCCCAAUGAGGGAUGGAUGAUCAUGGGAGAUUUGAAUACAAUUGCGGCUUCUCAGGAAAAAAGAGGCGGCAGAAAACCCACUUGUAGCCAAUUAAAUGAACUGAAUGAUGUCAUGAGGAAUUGUGGACUGUUGGACUUGGGAGAUAAUGGGCCUAGAUGGAAUUGGAAUAAGAAAAGAGUUGGUUUGGCUAACAUCAAAGAGAGGCUUGAUAGGGUUCUUGUGACUCCCCAGUUCUGCAAUCGUUUCAGCAUGGCCCAGGUAUUGCAUCUCCCUUACUAUAACUCUGAUCAUAGAGUAGUUUUAAUCGAUCUAGAUCCUAAAAAGCCUUUUACGCCCCGCCCUUAUAGACUCGAGGUUGUUUGGGCUGAAGACCCUCGUUUUAAUGAUGUGGAUGCUCAUCAAAAGUUGGUGGAUGCCCAACUUAACUUUGAUGUGGAUCCUUCAUUGGAUACUAAAGAUAGUAUGACCGAUUGCCUAGUUGAGUACCUUAGGUUGUUAAGGAGUGAAGAGCUUUUCUGGAAACAGAAAUCUCGUGUGACUUGGUUGCGUGAAGGUGAUCUUAACACGAAGUACUUUCAUAUUGCUAUUAUGAUUAGGAGACAUAGGAAUUCUAUUGUCUGCCUUAAGGAUGAUAGGGGUAUAUGGGUGAUUAUUGAGUCUGAAAACAAUAGAUUGAUUGCCCCUGUUAGAGAAAUGGAGAUAAAAAAGGCAAUCAAUCAGCUUGGGACUCAUAAAGCCCCAGGCCCCGAUGGUUUGCAAGGUUUUUUCUUCAGAAAGUACUGGGAUCAGGUUAGUCAAAAUGUCAUUGGGCUUGUUAAUGAAUUUUUCCAAUUUGGCCAUUUAGAUAAGAGGCUUAAUAAAACCUAUAUUGCUUUAAUUCCUAAGAAAAGUAAUCCUGUCAGCAUCAAGGAGUAUAGGCCUAUCAGUUUGUGCAAUUUUGUCAUGAAAAUUAUUACAAAAAUUCUCACUAAUAGAAUUAGACCUAUGCUUGACAAAAUUAUAUCUGAAAAUCAACAUACUUUUUUAGCCGGUAGAUCUAUUUUUGAUUCUACGGUUAUUUACAAUGAGAUCAUCCAUUCUUUUAAAUCCAAGAAAGGUGAGAAAGGAUGGAUGGCGUUUAAGAUGGAUUUUGAUAAGGCUUAUGAUAGAAUUAGUUGGGCCUUGAUUGCUAAAUUAAGGAGCUGCAUUGGUUUUGACCAAAGGUUUAUUCAAUGGGUCAUGAUGUGUGUUGAGUAUGCUUUUCAGGUUCUCAUCAGUGGUUCCCCUAGCCAAAGUUUUCUGUCAUCUAAUGGGAUUAGGCAGGGAGAGCCUAUGUUUCCUUUCCUCUUUAUUCUAUGUCUUGAAGCUCUUUCUAGGCUUAUCAAGCAUGGUAUUGGAUUUGGUUGUUGGUCCGGACAGAGAAUUAGUGAUACUAAAUCUACUUUGUUAACUUCUAGUAAUCUGUCUAGGAGUUUCACUAGAGGGAUGGAGAACGCUUUAAGGGUUCAAGUGGCUUCUCAUCCUGGUAAGUAUCUUGGCAUACCUCUUCAAUGGGGUAGGGUGAGUGAAAAUACUUAUGUUGACUUAACUGAAAAGAUUGAAAAUAGACUUCAAGGUUCGAAGGUUAGGACUCUUAAUAUGGCCGGUAGAUCCACGCUUAUUAGGUCUGUCCUGGAUCCAGUUUCUAACCAUAUUAUGUCCAUGCUUAAGCUUCCUAAGGGCCUGUUUAAUAAGGUUAACAGGUUUAGAAGAAAUUUUCUAUGGGGAGGGGAUAAAGAAAGUAGAAAAAUGCACAAUGUAGGUUGGAGUAAGGUUUGCUUUCCAAAUGUUUAUGGUGGCCUUAAUCUUAGGGAUUUGGAGUGUAACAACUUAGCGUUGCUUACUAAGAUAGCUUGGAGAAUUUUUGAGAAUCUGGAUUCUUCGGUCUCAAAAGUUCUGCAAGCUAAGUAUCAUAAAGUACUAAUUUUUGGUCUAACUCUAGCAAAAAUGGUAGCUCUACUAGUUGGAAGACAUAUGAAGGUUAAAGAUGUUAUUCAGAAUGGUAAUUGGUGUCUCGAUGCUGUUGAUAACCUUAUUUUAGCUCAUAUAGCUGAUAAAAUUAAGGCUAUCCCUCUUAGUAUUGUCCAUAAUACUAGAGAUAGGCCUGUUUGGGAGGGUGGUAAGGAUGGGAAGGUCAGUGUUAAAGAAGCUUAUCAUUAUCUUAUCUCUAAUAAGAUGUGCCAUAACAAACUGAAUGUGAACGAAUCUUUAUAUCAGAAAGGUAUUGGUGCUCAUCUUGGUUAUAACCUGUUUGAUAAUGAUACUGAAACUAUUAAUCAUCUGUUCUUUGGUUGCAAUGCAGUUUGGCCUAUUUGGAGGAAAAUUCAUAAUUGGUUGGGAUUCAUGAUCCAACCUGAUCUUAUGAGUCCUACCUUUAUUAAGGAUCUUUGUAACCUUAAAGGACAAAUUGGUGGUCUUAACUGGGGAUAUAUUCUUCCUUUCUUGUUAUGGAAUAUUUGGUUAGGAAGGAAUAAGGCUAUCUUUAAAAACCAGAAGUUUAAUGCUUUUUGGAUUCUGAAAACCUCUAUCAGAAGUGCUGGAGAAUAUUUGGUUGUUAACAAUGUGAUAACCAAUCCUAAUCGUAAUGUGCAGGAGAUAUUGGUGCCCUGGAACCCACCUAUGACUGGGUUUCAUAAAUUGAAUUCUGAUGGAUCUUCUGAUGAGUUUAAAAAUGCAGGUACUGGAGGAGUUAUCCGGGAUGAAAGUGGAAGGUUUGCUGCUUGCUAA